GGCCGGGGCGCGGAUGCUGGAAGUUCACAUCCCCUCGGUGGGGCCUGAGGCCGAAGGGCCCCGGCAGAGCCCGGAGAAAGGCCACAUGGUGUUCCGCGUGGAGGUGCUGUGCAGCGGGCGCAGACACACCGUGCCGCGGCGCUACAGCGAGUUCCACGCGCUGCACAAGCGGAUCAAGAAACUGUACAAAGUGCCCGAUUUCCCCUCGAAACGCCUGCCCAACUGGAGGACCAGGGGACUGGAACAGCGCCGGCAGGGCUUGGAGGCCUACAUCCAGGGCAUCCUCUACCUGAAUCAGGAUGUGCCCAAGGAGUUACUGGAAUUCCUGAGACUUCGCCACUUCCCCACAGACCCCAAGGCCAGCAACUGGGGCCCGCAGCUGCUUCACCGGCCGGUCAUCAGAUUCUGCGUGGAUCCCUACACUUAUGCCCCCGCCCCAGAACCUCUUCCUGACGUGGUGGUGAAUGGUGUGCUGCAGGGCCUCUACGGCUUCGGCGCCAGCCCAUCAACGCAGACAGCGGCUAACCCUCACCCUGUUCAUCCAGCGAUGCCCUGAUCAGUCCAGGCUUUGGGCCACCUGUCAAUGAUGUGCCUCUGUCCAGUGUGCUCCAGGGCUGGGUUCUCCCUUGGACUGGACCCAGAGCUGAACUAGCCAAGGCUCAGCUGCACCCCACCCCUCAACACUGUGCACCUGGCUUGCACAGACAGCUGGGGCUCGUAGAACUUAAGAGCCAGGAGCCACGACAGAGCUAAAGAGAGAAGUCGGCUUGGAGGGAGGCCACAAGAACACGCGGGCACAGUUCCUAGCCAGGCCCAGGCAGCAGGGCUCUGAAGCAAGGGCAGAGCAGUUGUCGGCCAGAAUGCCUGUCUGACAAUCUGGGUGGCCUCUGAGCAUGGGCUGAGGCAGGAGACCAAGGGGCAGGCAUCCGCCACCACAGGAGAGUCUUAGGACAUGCUGGGAUGUCCAAGCUUAGAACUACAUACCCCAAACCCAGCCCAUACACAAGGUACAAAAAAAACCCACUUUUUUAUUGGUAGGAUCUUGUUACAAAACC